ACGCUGCCCGCAGCCGCAUCUUGGCGCGGACUCUCCGGCUUCACCCCCGCGGCCACACACGGCGGAUCUUUCACGGACUUUUCGCGUUUUUGCACAGAACAUGAUCCACAAGUCUCGCUCUGCAGACGCCGCUCGCUCUCCAAUUUGCCAAAACAUGUUAGCCGGCUAACUAGCUGCAUAAGAGUUAGUAAAUCGGAUUAUCCGCAAACGACAUCCUCCCACGGGGUAAUAGGCAGGUAUUAUUCGCUUUUCUACAUCUAUUUCCAAACUUGACGCCUGUUCUCCUCGUGUGAGCACAGCGACACCCGUGCGUUCCGUUUAACGCCACAUCUGAGAGCAGUUUCUCGUGUUGUGCCUCGGACGCUAAUCUUCGCUUUUUCUUGGACGCGCUAAGUGGAAAAAACUGUGCCCCCCGAAAACCAACCCGGAGCUGAGAUCGACCCGAUGCGGUAGCAAGAGCCCACAGCGACCGAAGGAGCCCGCAAGAAAGAAGCAGAUCUGCACCGAGAAGAAAUCAGCCCGAGCAUAAAGGAGCCAAGAUGUCAGGGAAGGAUAAAGACAAGCAGGAGAAGCAGUCCACCACGGAGCGCCUCGUCAAAGCUGUGCCAUACCCGCCCCAACAUAAACUGACCGUCAAGGAGCUGUUCGAAAAUGGGAAGCCCAACGCGGAGAUGCUGAGGAACCAUUUGGUGAAGGAGGGUCGCGUGGAGGAGGACGUGGCCCUGAAGAUCAUCAACGACGGGGCCAACAUCCUGCGUCAGGAGAAGUGCAUGCUGGAGGUGGAGGCGCCCAUCACAGUUUGUGGUGACGUACACGGUCAGUUCUUUGACCUGAUGAAGCUGUUCGAAGUGGGAGGCUCGCCCAGUAACACUCGAUACCUGUUCCUCGGAGACUACGUCGAUCGAGGAUAUUUCAGUAUUGAGUGUGUGCUCUACCUCUGGUCUCUGAAGAUCAACCACCCCACCACUCUGUUCCUGCUGCGAGGGAAUCACGAGUGCCGCCACCUCACUGAGUACUUCACCUUCAAACAAGAAUGUAAAAUCAAAUACUCGGAGCGUGUGUACGACGCCUGUAUGGAGGCCUUUGACUGCCUGCCCCUGGCUGCUCUGCUCAACCAGCAGUUCCUCUGUGUCCAUGGAGGGCUCUCCCCAGAAAUCAACUGCUUAGACGACAUCCGCAAAUUAGACCGGUUUAAGGAGCCCCCAGCCUUCGGGCCCAUGUGCGACCUGAUCUGGGCCGACCCCGGGGAGGACUACGGCAGCGAGAAGACCUCCGAGCACUUCAACCACAACUCUGUCCGAGGCUGCUCCUACUUUUUCAGUUAUUCAGCGGUGUGUGACUUUUUGGUAAAUAACAACUUGCUGUCGGUAAUAAGAGCCCACGAAGCACAAGACGCAGGUUACCGUAUGUACAGAAAAAGCCAAACCACGGGCUUCCCUUCACUUAUCACCAUUUUUUCUGCUCCAAAUUAUUUAGACGUCUACAACAAUAAAGCUGCUGUUUUAAAAUAUGAGAACAAUGUAAUGAAUAUUCGUCAGUUUAAUUGCUCACCUCAUCCGUACUGGUUACCCAACUUCAUGGACGUCUUCACAUGGUCUUUGCCUUUCGUUGGAGAAAAGGUACUCACAGAUGGACUGACGGAGAUGCUGGUGAACAUUCUCAACAUUUGCUCUGACGACGAGCUUAUGUCGGAAGGAGACGACCAGUGUGAAGGAGGAGCCAGCGCCGUCCGCAAGGAAGUCAUCCGCAACAAGAUCCGCGCCGUGGGGAAGAUGGCGCGGGUCUUUGCCGUCCUCAGGGAGGAGAGUGAGAGUGUGCUGACGCUCAAAGGCCUGACUCCCACCGGGACCCUUCCUCUGGGGGUCCUGUCCGGAGGGAAGCAGACUCUACAGACAGCUAUCCAAGGCUUUUCUCCGACCAGGAAGAUCCGGAAUUUUGAGGAAGCUCGCGGUUUGGAUCGGAUCAAUGAGAGGAUGCCCCCGCGCAAAGACGGCCAGCAACCCGACCCCAACAUGCUCAACUCCGCAAACAAGAACGGCACCGACGGAUAAGGAAAAACAUCCCAAAAAUUCCACAAUAUCUUCAAAUUUUACAACGAUUCUUACGUCUACUAGGCUUCGUUUAUAUAUUAAUUAUUAGUCUUUUAAAACUGGUCCACUUUUUUCUUUUUUGCUUUGGUGAAAAAUUUGAAGAGGACACAUCGUCAUCCGUUGUUGGAAGCUUUGUUGGAAAUAUUUUGGGGAAAAAAAAUCAGCUUUUCAAAAUGACUUUAUUUAAGAUUAUCGAAAAAAAAAAACAACGUAUUA